AUGGUGUUGCUGAUGCAUGACCUGUUCCCUUGGGUGCCACCACAGCCCUCGGGUACCACAACAGCCCUCAGUACCACUACAGCCCUUAGGUACCACUACGCCUUAGGGUGCCACUACAGCCUUGAGUACCACUACAGUCCUUGGUGCCACUACAACCCUUGGGUACCACUACAGCCCUUAGGUACCACUUCACAGUCAUGGCCCUCAGGUGCCACUACAGCCCUCGGGUACAACUGCAGCCCUUGGGUACCACAACAGCCCUUAGGUACCACUACAGCCUCGGGUACCACAACAGCCCUCAGUUCCACUACAGCCCUUAGGUACAACAGCCCUCGGUACCACUACAGCCUCGGUGCCACAACAGCCCCUCGGUUUCCACAGCCCUUGGGUACCACAACAGCCCUCGGUACCACAACAGCCCUCAGGUACCACAACAGCCCUCGGCCCUCAGGUACCACCACAGCAGCCCUCAGGUACCACAACAGCCCUCGGGUGCCACUACAGCUGGGUACCACUACAGCCGCGGUACCACAGCAGCCCUCAGGUACCACAGCAGCCCUCGGGUACCACAACAGCUCUCGGGUACCACUACAGCCUCGGGUACCACUACAGCCCUUGGUGCCACCACAGCCUCAGGGUACCACAACAGCCUCGGGUACCACUACAGCCCUUGGGUACCACUACAGCCCUCAGGUACCACUGCAGCCCUCAGGUGCCACAACAGCCCUCGUGCCACUGCAGCCCUUGGGUACCACAACAGCCCUCGGUGCCACUACAGCCCUCGGGUACCUGGCAGCCCUCCGGUACCACAGCCUCAGGUCACUGCAGCCCUUGGGUGCCACUACAGCCCUCAGGUGCCACUACAGUCCUCGGGUCCCCUACAGCCCUCAGCCCUCAGGUACCACAACAGCCCUCGGGUACCACAACAGCCCUCGGUACCACUACGGCCCUUGGGUACCACCAGCCCUCAGGUACCACAACAGCCCUCGGGUACCACAACAGCCUCCCGUUACCACUACAGCGCAGGCUUUACCAGCUACACUUGGUACCACUACAGCCCUCAGGUGCCACUACAGCCUAGGGUACCACUACAGCCCUCGGUGCCACUACAGCCUCGGGUACCACAACAGCCCUCAGAGGCCUUGGGUACCCGCAGCCCUCGGUUACCACAACAGCCCUCAGGUACCACUACAGCCCUUGGGUACCACAACAGCUCUCAGGUACCACAUGGCAGCCCUCGGUACCACUACAGCCCUUGGGUACCACUACAGCCCUCAGGUGCCACUACAGCCCUUGGGUGCCACUGCAGCCUCAGGUGCCACUACAGUCCUUGGGCACCACUACAGCCCUCAGCCCUCGGGUCCCCACUACAGCCCUUCCAGGUCCCACUACAGCCUCAGGUCCCCUGCAGCCUCAGGUACCACUACAGCCCUCAGGGUGCCCUACGGCCCUCAGGCUCACACGGCCCUCAGGUACCACUACAGCCCUCGUGCCACUACAGCCCUCGGUUCCCACUACAGCCCUCGGCCCCCACUACAGCCUCCGGUACCACUACAGCCCUCCAGGUACCACUGCAGCCCUCAGGUCCCUGCAGCCCUCCGGGUCCCCACUGCAGCCUCGGGUCCCUACAGCCCUUCCCGGGUCCCACUACAGCCCAUUGGGUGCCACCACACAGCCUUGGGUCCCUGCAGCCCUUGGGUACCACUACAGCCCUCGGGUGCCACUACAGCCUCGGUCCCCUACAGCCCCUCGGUGCCACUACAGCCCUCGGGUACCACUACAGCCCUCGGGCCCCACUACAACCCUCAGGUGCCUACAGCCCUCAGUUUUUCACAGCCCUCAGGUGCCACUACAGCCCUCGAGUCCCCUACAGCCCUCAGCCCUCGGGUCCCACUACAGCCCUCGGGUCCCACUGCAGCCCUCAGUUCCACUGGCCUCGGGUGUCUACAGCCCUCAGGUCCCACUACAGCCCCAGGUGCCACUGCAGCCCUGGGUACCACUACAGCCCUUGGGUCCCUACUACAGCCCUCGGUGCCACUACAGCCUCAGGUCCCUACGGCCUCGGGGGUACCACUGCAGCCCUCGGGUCCCCCAGCCCUCAGCCCUCAGGUACCACCACAGCGCAUGGGUGCCACUACAGCUGGGUGCCACAGCAGCCCUCGGGUGCCACUACAGCCUCGGGUACCACUACAGCCCUUGGGUGCCUACAGCCUCAGGUACCACUACAGCCCUCAGGUACCACAACAGCCCUCCGGGUGCCACUACAGCCUUGGGGUGCCACUACAGCGCUUGGGUACCACAGCAGCCCUCAGGUGCCACUACGGCCUCGGGUACCACUACGGCCCUCGGGUACCACAGCCCUCAGGUGCCACUACAGCCUUGGUGCCACUACAGCUCUCAGGAGCCCUUGGUACCGCUACAGCCCUCAGGUACCACAACAGCCCUCGGGUACCACUCAUGCCUUGGGUACCACAACAGCUCUCGGUACCACAACAGCCUCAGUUUUCCACUAUAGCCCUUGGGUACCACUACAGCCCUCAGGUGCCACCAGCGCUUGGUACCACAGAGUCGUUGGUACCACUACAGCCUUGGGUGCCACUACGGCCUCAAGCCCUUGGGUAUCACACCACAGCCCUUGGGUGCCACUGCAGCCCUCAGGUACCACUGCAGCCCUCGGGGUGCCACACGGCCCUCGGGUCCCCACUACAGCCCUCGGGUCCCACUACAUCCUCGGGUCCUACUGGCCUCGGGUACCACUGCAGCCCUCGGGUACCACUACAGCCCUGGGCCCCACUGCAGCCUCGGUACUUCAGCCCUCGGUACACCAGCCUCGGUUCCCCUACAGCCCUCGGGUCCCAUGCCCUCGGGUCACUACAGCCCUCGGGAACCACUACCACAGCCCUCUGGUGCCACUGCAGCCUCGGGUCCCCUGCAGCCCUCGGGUCCCACACCACAGCCCUCCAUUUUUACAGCCCUCCGGGUCCCACUCAGCCUCGGGUGCCACUACGGCCUCGGGUCCCUACGGCCCUCGGGUACCACCAGCCCUCAGGUCCCACUACAGCCCCUCGGGUGCCACUGCAGCCCUCGGGUCCCACCUACAGCCCUCAGGUGCCACCAGCUCCGGGUCCCCACUACAGCCUUCGGGUCCCACCGGCCCUCGGGUCCCCGACUACAGCCCUCGGGUGCCACUACAGCCCUCGCGGGUACCACUUUCACAGCCCUCAGGUACCACAACAGCCUCGGGUGCCACUACAGCUGCAUGGGUACCACUACAGCGCUUGGGGUGCCACAACAGCCCUCGGGUACCACUGCCUUUCGGGUACCUACGCCUCAGGUACCACUACAGCCCUUAGGUACCACUCAGCCUCGGGUACCACUCAGCCCUCGGGUUUUAACAGCCUCGGUACCACUACAGCGCUUGGGUACCUCUCAGCGUUGGGUGCCUGGAACCCUCAGGUACCUCAGCCCUCGGGUACCACUACAGCCUCGGGUACCACAGCAGCCUCGGGUGCCACUGCAGCCCUUGGGUGCCACUACGGCUCUCAGCCUUUGGGUGCCACUAGAGCCCUUGGGUACCACAGCAGCCCUCGGGUACCACAACAGCCCUCGGUACCACAACAGCCCCCUCGUUCCUACCAGCCCUCGGGUACCACUACAGCCCUCAGGUACCACACAGCCCUUGGGUACACUACAGCCCUCGAGUGCCACAGCCCUUGGGUACCACUACAGCCCUCAGCCCUCAGGUCCCACACAGCCCUCGGGUACCACUGGCCCUCGGGUCCCACUACAGCCUCGGGUCCCACUACAGCCCUCGGUCCCACUACAGCCCUCGGGUCCACUACAGCCCUCAGGUCCCACUACAGCCCUCCGGUUCCCACACUACAGCCCUCGACCCUACAGCCCUCGGGUGCCACUGCAGCCCUCGGGUACCACUACAGCCCUCAGGUCCCACUACAGCCCCUCAGGUCCCCACUACAGCCCUCGGGUCCCACUACAGCCCUCGAGGUGCCACCAGCCCUCCGGGUCCCUACAGCCCUCAGGUCCCACUACAGCCCUCAGGUACCACUACAGCCCUCAGGUCCCUACAGCCUCAGGCUACAGCCCUCGGGUCCCACACAGCCCUCAGCCUGGGCCCCACCGGCCCUCAGGUACCACUACCCAGCCCUCCGGGUCCCUACAGCCCUCAGGUACCACUACAGCCCGCCAGGUACCUACAGCCUCAGGCCCUACAGCCCUCAGGUACCACUGCAGCCCUCCGAGGUACCACUGCAGCCCUCCGGGCCCCUGCAACCCUCAGGUGCCACUACAGCCCUCCUCAGGUACCACUACAGCCCUCGGGUGCCACUGACCUCAGGUGCCACUACAGCCCUCGGGUCCCACUACAGCCCUCAGGUACCACUACAGCCCUCGGGUCCCACUACAGCCCUCCAGGUACCACUACAGCCCUUGGGUACCACUACAGCCCUUGGGCCCCCACUACAGCCCUCGGGUACCACCACAGCCCUCGGGCCCCCUACAGCCCUCGGGUACCACUCGCCCCUCCAGGUCCCCUACAGCCCUCGUUGCCACUAUAGCCCUCAGGCCCCCACUGCAACCCUCGGGUGCCACUACAGCCCUCAGGCAGUUGGAGGUGAUACUCGGUGGAUAUCCAAGUAA